AUGAAUACAAUAGCAAUGGAUACUAAACCUUAUCUUUCAUUGACCAAUGGGUUGAUGUUACUAUCGACCCCUUGGGUAUCUCCUUCUUUCCAAGUGACAACUACUGUCCCAAAGGAAAAUACUAAUCUAAUACAGAAACUGUGGUCUCGUCAACCAACUCGUAUUGGUCCUUCCACCAAGAUAUCCUUAUUAUUUGGUAUAUCUCAAGUGUUGGGCUCAUUUAUGAUCUAUGAUGGCGAUUUAGAGAGUGGUUCAGGUUUCAUAGCUGCUUGGUCAACUACUUAUUUGAUUUCUCAAGGUAGAAAUUCAUUGCAAGCUUUAAAACUUGGAAAAGUUUGGCCAUUGAUGCUUACAACUUCUUCCUUAUGUAAUGCCUAUUUAUAUGGGAAGAGAUACGUUUCUUGCCAAUUUAAAUAG